AUGGGCAGAGCGGUAAUGGUGGGCAGGGGGCCGACAGGGGCCGGGGUCCUCGUCCUGUCGCUUCUCAUCAUCCUCACCGCCGAGAGCUGCCGAGCUCAGAAAGGUGAUGGCUGUGGCCCCACUGUGCUCGGCCCCAGCAGUGGGACUCUGUCCUCUUUGGGUUAUCCAAGAACGUACCCUAACAACAGUGUGUGUGAGUGGGAAAUCACUGUGCCCCGUGGAAAGAGGAUCCACUUUCGGUUUGCUCAGCUGGACAUAGAAGAUGGCGACUGCCGGGUCAACUACCUCCGCCUCUUCAAUGGCAUUGGACCAGAAAGGAGUGAGAUUGUGAAAUACUGCAGUUUGGGUCUAAAGAUCAACGAACAAGUCGAGUCCUCUGGAAACCAGGUCACAGUCCAGUUCAUGAGCGGGGUGCAUCACACUGGACAGGGAUUCUACAUGUCCUACUCCACCACUGAACAUUCAGAUUUAAUCACUUGCCUCGACAAAGGAACUAAUUUCCCCGAGGCACAGUUCAGGAAAUACUGCCCAGCAGGCUGUUUGACAAAUACAGAGGAGGUUUCUGGAACAAUACCCAAUGGAUAUCGAGAGUCGUCUCCUCUCUGCGCUGCAGCAGUUCAUGCAGGUGUGGUGUCCAACGCUGAGGGGGGGAGGAUCAAUGUGGUUAGCAGCAAAGGCAUCCCUCACUAUGAAGGCACACUGGCUAACAAUGUCACUUCCACUGGAGGAACUUUGUCAAACAGCCUUUUUACUUUUAUAACAAAUGGCUGUUACGGAACGCUGGGCUUGGAGUCCGGUGGUGUUGCAGACACUCAGCUCAGUGCCUCAUCUGUUGCCUCAUCUGUGGGGGACUGGACCGUCACCGGUGUGUGGGGACCGUCGGGGGCUCGCCUUAAAAAGACGGGACUUCCCUGGGCACCUUCACAGAGUGACCAGCAGCAGUGGCUGCAAGUAGAUCUGAAGAGGGAGAAGAGGAUCACAGGUAUCAUCACCACAGGAUCUACCCUGAGGGACUACCAGUACUUUGUUUCAGCAUACCGGGUUCUGUACAGUAAUGAUGGCAAACAGUGGAACAUCUACAGCGAAGCAAACUCCACACAAGACAAGAUUUUCCAAGGCAACAUCGACUACCUGCACGAGGUGAGGAAUAACUUCAUCCCUCCGCUCGAAGCCCGUUACGUGCGGAUGAACCCCACCUCGUGGCACCAGAGGAUCGCGCUCAAGCUGGAGCUGCUUGGCUGCCAAGUGAGGUGGACCAGAUUGUCCAUCCCUUCUCGUAAUUCUCCACAUCCUGCGAGUACAAAACGCCCACCUCACCUUGGUCAGACCACACACAUACCAGACAUCAGAAACACAACUAUGCCUCCUCUCAUUGGCAAAGAUGUGGUGCUGACAGCAGUUCUCGUACCCGUCUCGGUCAUGCUCAUGACAGCUGUGAUCCUGACUGUGGUUUGUGCUCGCCACUGGAGGAACAAGAAAAAGAGCUCUGAGGGAGCGUUCGAUCUUCCUCACUGGGAUCGCACAGACUGGUGGAAGAGCAUGAAGCAGCUGCUGCCUUCCAAGAUGGUGGAGAUAGAUGAUUCAAUUCGGUACAGCACCGGGAGAAGUGCCGUACCAAGACUGCAUGCUGAGCCAGCAGAAUAUGCCCAGCCACUGGUGAGUGGAGUGACGACGUUGGGUGCACGGUCGACCUUUAAACCGGAUGAGGGUCCUGACCCAGGGUACACCGAUCCAAACCUGUAUGAUGCCCCCGUCUCAUCAGAUGUAUACCACUCUUAUGCAGAGCCGCUGCCAGCUUCAGGAUCUGAAUACGCCACUCCAAUCGUGGUGGACAUGGGCUGCCACCCGUCAGGGGGGUCUGCUCUGAACCAGCCCUCCACAGUUCGUAGUUUCAGAGGGUCCGGGCCCACAUCCCUGCUCGCACAGACGGACAGUGGCCAGUCUGAUGGGUCUGUUUAUGACACGCCUAAAAACGCCACUGAACAGACCGCGCCCACUGAGGAUCUGACCUACCAGGUGCCUCUGAAAGGCACUCAUAAGGCAGCGGGUCAGAGCUGAAAAGUCUGGGUGCACAUGGCUUUAAUCGGACCCCUCAAGCCCAUUGGGUAGAAGCUGAGGCGUGCGCCUGGGCUGGAGUUUUGAACGAACACUACCUUAGCUCCGAUGAGUCUGGAGAUGUCUACGUCGACUGAACGUUUGUGCAGACACGAACUGCGCAGUGCCUUUACAGUCCUAUCACUGAAACAACGAUGAAUGUGUUGGUGCCGGGCGCGAGUCUGACAGGAAAAGGAGGAAGUGACUACUAACUGAUAAAGACUUUGACCCUGUUCUGUGAUGUUCGUCAGUCUCGCAUCUUAAACUGUGAUUUCCAUUCUCUUGUUUUUAUUCUGAUGCUAAACCAUAGCGACCAUUUUCAUUUCACCAAAUUUAAGCAUUUUCUCAAAAACCUGCAUGCUCUUUUCUUUGACAACUCCUUCCUACAGCUCUUGCCAUGGUACGUAGUCUUACAUUGUUCUGAAGCGUGACUUGAAUGUUUUCUAGUUCUUGUAAUUCCAUUACUGCAAUCCUGUUAGGUCAAACUGUAAAAUAUUUAUUUGUAUUUCACAUCCUGCUGAUUAACGAGCGACUCCAUCACUCCCCUCCUCUGUUAGCAGAGCAAAGCUCGGAGGCGGGAGGUUGUGAGAAUCGAUCCGGUGAACUUUCCAAAGAGAAAAGACAUUUUAUAGAUCUGGAGACCAAAUGUUGCUUUUUCUGCGAUUCAACAGAUUCAACUUUGACAAUCGUGCCAACACGAGUUACAGAGUGAACCGUCUUAAUUUCCUCCAAGACAGGUACAGCGGAUAAACAUGUUGCAGCUGUGAUCAUAGUUCGUCCUCAUGAUUGUUAUUGCAUGUGUCCACGUGCAUCGAUGUCUGUAUGUGCACUAAGCUGUUUGAAAAUGUCUGUAGUGUGUUUGAACUGGUUUCUAGCUGUGGAGGAUCGUCUGUUGCACCAGUAAACUGCAUUCCUCUCCUGCACGCCCCGUGGUACUGAUCCGACUGAACACGGGGCAGCAGGAGUGUAGAUGGUGGGCAAAUGUUUAAAUCUGUACAGAACAGCCUCCAGAGGUGUUCAGACCGCUGUACCACCGUCAUGUUCAGCGACCAGGGAGACUGAUGUACAGUUUGGAUGCUCCCUGGUUGCAAAGGGUGUAAGUGUGCUGCUCUCACUGAUUGAAAGAGGAAUAAAGAGAAGUUUUAUUACAA